CUACCACGUGGAGCACAAAAUGAUUUUAUGAAAUAGAAAGAGGACAUUUACGUCAAAGUCUGUUUACUUUAAUAAAUAUUGUUAUAUAUUUUAUUUUUUAUUUAUAAAUUAUGACGGGUAAAAUGAUCGCUUUGCCUCAGAAAAAAUAUUAUCGGCAACGCGCACAUUCCAAUCCGAUUGCUGAUCAUUGUAUUGAGUAUCCGACAAAACCCGAGUUGAUGGACUGGAGUUCAUUGUAUCCGGAUUAUUUUUCUGAUUCUCAAGAUGAUGAAAAAAAGCAUAAAGUUGAAUUUGCGGAUAUUGGCUGUGGUUACGGCGGAUUGCUGGUUACGUUAUCGGGAAUGUUUCCGGAUAAUUUGAUACUGGGCAUGGAGAUCAGAAUAAAAGUAUCUGACUAUGUCAUGGACAGGAUCGCUGCCUUGAGGUCGCAAUAUCCAGGUCAAUAUAAAAAUAUUGCUUGUUUGAGGACAAAUGCUAUGAAGUAUUUGCCAAAUUACUUCAACAAAGGACAGCUGAAAAAAAUUUUCUUUCUGUAUCCAGACCCGCACUUUAAAAAAGCCAAACACAAGUGGAGAAUUAUCAACAACACACUAUUAGCUGAGUACGCAUACAUUUUAGCUGAACAGGCGAUAGUGUAUACAAUGACAGACGUAAAAGACCUACACGAAUGGAUGGUUAAGCAUUUUGAAGACCACCCUUUGUUCGAGAGAAUUUUAGGUGAUGAAUUGGAGACGGAUCCAAUAGUCCCGAAACUCUAUGAAAGUACCGAAGAAGGUCAGAAAGUCACGAGGAAUAAGGGAGACAAAUUUUUGGCUGUGUUUCGACGUAUACCCGACAAAUAUGUACCUGAUGAUAAAAGAUAGCUUUGGCUAUUGAUUUUUUUUCUUUCUUCUGUAUUCAACAUUUAAUAUUACGUUAUUUUAACUGGAAAAUAACUCCAUGUUGUGUUGAUCAACAUUUUAUAUCAAGAAACGAUAACAAUUUUUUUUUUUUUUAAGUAAACUAUUCAGUUGCAAAUUUAAAAAAUAAUAUUUAAAUUAUAUGUACAUUUUAUACAAAGGGCUUAAUAUCUCUUUGCCCAACUUUUUAUUUACAGUUCAUUUGAAAACACUCAUGGAAGUAUCCCUGGAGCUAAAGGACUUUCCAAUUUAACUAAAUUUGAUGCGAAGUAAAAUUUCAAUUUUAUAUCAAAUACUAAAUUAUUUCUCCAUGUUCUUUGUCAGUUAUCACAAAUAAAGUUAUUCAAGGUUCGUUUGAGAUUUUCUAAUGA